UGGUUUCGAGUUUAUUAUAAUGAAUUCUGGACUGGAUUGUGUGUUUUAUCGGAACUGUUAAGCAAAAUACUCCAUUAACUUGGCAAUUCGUCUGGACGUAGAGUAUUGUACCCGUCUUGUUUGCGAGUUGGUACUGAAGAGAAGUCUUAGUCGCCGAACAUCACGUUCAGACCAUAUUGUUUUGUUUAUCAUUAUAUAUCGCAUAUCUAGUAUACCAAGGUCUCUGCCUACACAGUCAGUAACUCAAGAUUCCAAGUUGAUCAGAAAUCCCAGCAACAUACAUUAGGAUAAUUGGCUCUGAUAUUGGAUGUAAAAAGAUGAAGCUAUCGUGAACGAGUGGGUCAGCUAUAAUUGUUAUAAUUAAAUACAAGAAGUGAAAGAGACAAUUGAAUUAUCAACAACGUAAUUAAUACUUUGAUUACAAACUGGUUAAGAAAGUGUCACUAAUCUGAGAACCAUUUUAACUUGAAUGAAUCCGUGUCAAAUCUAAUUAUUUAAGGAAACGUUAUCACCGUCUUCAAUUACUUUUGGAGCUACUUACGAGUCUUAAUGAAGAACUAGUUUGUUUACAUUUAAUAAACGUAUGUCGUGGUUUUAAAAGAAGAAACAACUUUAUAUAUAUAAAAUACUUUGCUAUAAUUCUAAAACUCUGCCAUGAUGAGUAGCUAUGCAAUCGCCGCUGAGCAUCAAUUUGCAAGUAAUUAUGAAAAAGUGCAUGCUUAUCAUGCAGCUUUACAACAUAACAAAGCCAACUUUUCGGUGAAUCAUAUAUUGGACUUGGAAGAAAUUCCUAAUGAGAAUUGUGCAAUGUUUGCUAAUACAGACCCUAGACACGCCCUAGAACACUCUCCCACGUGCUCCCCACCCCUCCAUGUUGAUAAAUAUUCUCCAAAUGGUGGUACUGGUUCCAGUGAUGAUCUCCAUGGUGACAGACACAACUCUAAUAACACUGAUGACGAAGAUAGAAAAGACGACCCUGAUGGUAAAAGACGUAGAAAACAAAGACGUAACAGAACAACGUUUAACAGUACACAACUUGCUGCAUUAGAACGAGUAUUUGAAAGAACCCAUUAUCCAGACGCAUUUGUCAGAGAGGAGUUAGCAAGACGUGUUAACCUCAGUGAAGCUAGAGUUCAGGUUUGGUUUCAGAACAGAAGAGCUAAGUUUCGACGUAAUGAGAGGAAUAUGAUGGCACAACGUCAAAACGUUUAUGGACGAAGUCCGGAAGCAACACCCAUCGAACAACCUAUCACGCCACGUCACACACCAAUGAAUUCAGAUUAUCUCGCGUGGUCUUCUCCUCCAGCUUAUAAUCCUUCCGCCACCCCAUCGAGCUGCUCUCUGGUUAAUCACUCGUAUACCCCUCCGCCUAAUGUAGGCUCCAGUAUCGCCUGUUUGCGUUUAAAGGCACACGAGUACAACUCUGUGAUGCACCACCCGUAUGCACCACCGCAAAUCCCCCAGUGACAAUGAAGAAGAUAGUGCCUUAUUUAGUUGAUAUAGUAAAAUAUAAUGUUAUAUAUGGUGUAUAAUAUGUGUAAAUAGACAUGUUUUGUUUCCAUUCGGAACAACUCCGUUAAUGCGUUGAUUCACUCUACUUGGGGGAAUUUACUUUAUGCUGCGAAUAGACUAUAAACCACGCAAGUCUUCCCUGAAGUAAAAGAGAGUCAUAAUGUUAUGGGCGUAAUGUUUUAUUAAGUGCCUUUAAUUAUAAUAAUAUGCUCAAGUAUACGUUUUAUUUAUUUUUUGAUAGAUAUAUGCAAAUAUUUUUCGCAAAAGCUCAAAUUUUGUAUUUUGUCGGAACAUAAAUGGUGCUAAUGUUGUAGAUUAUGUUCUGUUUUAAAUAUAAAUUAUAAACUGCAUGUUAUGCAGCUGAAUAGUCGGAUUUCUUUCAUAGUCUAUAAAUUGUGCAUGUAUUUUUUUUAAACAGAGAAUACCAGUAGAACCGCCUUGCUUUGUUUUUGUCUGCGGUUCAAAGGAUAGAAUAUGUAUGGUGAUCGACAUUUACAAAAACAUUUAAUGGAGACUGACAAAUUUCCAUUGUCCAUUGUUUUUUAUACGUCCACAUGGAAAUGUGGUCGUAUAUUGUCGAUACAUCUGUUAGUUAGUCGGUUCUAGUGGCUAAAGUUAAUUCCCGAUUGGAGAUUAAAUUUAUAAACAGUGUUAAGGUCACCAGACGAAGAAGUCCAUUGGCUUUCACAGAUUUCCGAUAGUUACUGCUAGAGUUAUGGCCCUUGAUCAAUUUGAAAAGUCUUGAGAGCGCUCUAGAAACCAUAGUUAUCUACCGAUUGACUUUAAACUUAUGCACAGUGUUUAAGGUCUUUGUGAUUAGGAAGCCUAUUGAUUUUCAACGAUUUCAACCAAAUUCACCAUAUCAAAAAGUCAUGGGGAAGAACAACAACAAGCCAGUCAAAACAAUGAUUUCUGAUGGUUACUUGAUGGGUUAUUACUCUUAAUCAGUUUAUAGUGUCUGGUAAAUUCUUUCGUUACCAACAAAAGAAAAAAUAUGCCACAACUCCCGUAAACUGUACGGACGACUUAUCUGCUGUGGGCGUAUGUUUUGUUGCCUGACAACCUAUCUUAGGGCACAUGCGUAAAUUUGAUAAUCUUAUUUUAGGCCGUACUGGAUAGAAAAUAAUUCGAAUUUUAAAACGCGCAGUAAAAGAUGUCGUGAAUAAAACUAAGCCAUGACUUCCUACUCGUACUUGUCCAUGUUUAAUUUAAAACCUGUUUGGAAUCACAAUUGGUAGACUGGCAUUAUUAAACUACUGCCAGACAAUAACAAUGGGAAUGAAUUUUUCGAAGUCUAGAAGAUGAUCAAGAUUCUAGUAAAUUUUAUUUCUGACAUAUUUGUCAAGGACAUUGGGGUAGAAUUUGGACGACGAAUAUGCUUGAAAUAGGGGUGUGUUGCUGAAACGUUUUGUGUUAUAGCUAAAAUUUAUGCAAUGCUCUUGGGGAAGAAGAUACUGGUUUGUCAGGCCAACCUAGAUGUUCAUCCUAAACUAUUAUUUUUAUACGCCCACAUUGAAAUAUGGUCGUAUAUUGUCGUCGCCCCCGUCCGUCCGUCGGUACGUCCGUCGGUCCGGCGUCCACAAUUGCUUGUGGACGCUCUAGAGGUCAAAGUUAAUAUCUGAUUGACUUUAAAUUUAUACACAGUGUUUAAGGUCUUGAGACGAAGAAGCCUAUUGAUUUUCAGCGAUUUCCGAUAAUUAUUGCCAGAGUUAUGGGCCUUGAUCACUUUAAAAAAUCUUGUGGACGCUCCAUAGGCCAAAGUUAAUAUCUGAUUGACUUCAAAUUUAUACACAGUGUUUAAGGUCAUGAGACGAAAAAUCCUAUUGAUUUUCAACGAUUUCCGAUAAUUACUGCCAGAGUUAUGGGCCUUGAUCACUUAAAAAAAAUCUUGUGGACGCUCCAUAGGCCAAAGUUAAUAUCCGAUUGACUUUAAAUUUAUACACAGUGUUUAAGGUCAUGAGACGAAGAAUCUUAUAGAUUUUCAACGAUUUCCGAUGAUUACUGCCAAAGUUAUGGCCCUUGAUCACUUUGUGACGCUCUAAAGGCUAAAGUUAUCAUCCGAUUGACUUCAGAUUGAUACACAGAGUUUAAGAUCUUGAGACGAACAAGUAUAUUGAUUUUCAAUGAAUUUUUAUGGCUUGAACAGCUAAAUCCAUGAUAUUAAAAGUUUUGUAUACAAAACGUUAGCAUGGGGCAGAACAUUAUAAAAACAAACAAAUUCUAAUGGUUUUCUGAUAUGCAACAACUCUUGUUGACUGCCCGGACGAUUUAGCUGUUGUGGGCGUAUGUUUCGUUGCUUGGCAACCUAUCUUUCUUUCUAUGUUACCAUUGUAGCAAAGAACUGAAAUGACAUUUGCGUGAAGCAUAAAAUAAGCAUCUAGUUGCAAUGAAGUAUGCCCAUAACUGAUUAUUUGUUCAACAAACGACAGUUGAAACCGAAAAGAGAACCAUAAUUAGUCUCGGGCCCGAUAUGUUGGAACGGAAAAUAAAUUUUCUAAUGAUUAUUUGUCAUAGCACAUCAGAUCAUCUCAAUUCAACACUGGAUUUUUAAAAAUCCAAAACCAUGAGUUCUUGUUCCAUUAGAGAUUUGUUAUUUUAUUCACAAGCCCCAAACAAAUAGGUUUCCGUCCUC